AUGAGAAGUUUGUGCUGCCUACUUUUGGUAUUGGCUUUAAGCUCUUAUGUCCAAGCCGUUUUAAAAUCUUGCGUUUGUGAGACCGGUCCCGAUGGUCUGCCGGGACCCCAAGGACCUCAGGGUGAGAAGGGCGAUCAGGGCCAUCAAGGCUAUCAAGGUGUCCAGGGUCCACAAGGCCCUCCAGGACCACAAGGACCUAAAGGUGAUACUGGCCCUCGGGGAGAACCUGCCCCCAAUCGUGGACCCCCUGGACCUCCAGGUGCCCCCGGACAAAAUGCCGUUUGUAAUGUGUGUACCGGUUUCCCCAGAUCACUGGAUGUUGACAUUCCUGCCCUGUAUGAGCCCAAUACAAUUUUUAUGGUUACUGAAGAUGGUGGCUUGGCACCAGUCCAAAAACUAGAACCCACACCGGCUUUAACAUCGUUGGUUGAGGAGUUCAAACGAUCGUCUUUGGAUGAUGAAACGAAGGAUAUUAUGUUUCUUGGUCAGUUGUAA